UGUACCCUGAAUGCCCUGAUGAAGUGACUAUCUCAAUACCUCUGCACCUCUGAUAACCCGUGUGAAAGAAAAAAAAAAGCGAAAUCUCCCAGACGGAGCGAAUGGAGAGAGAAACAUCUCGCCCAAUAUCGCCGGACAUUCGGCAGCCAACCAGUUUGAUUGCGGGCCCCGACCUCCAACACACCAAACCAGCUCACUUACACAAACACGGUGCUCCACCAUCACACCACCAUGGGGACUAUAUCUAUCCAGCCAAUUGCCAUCUCACACCCCCACGGCGUUCACACCUCACUUGGCUUCGUGAAGCGAGCUACUGUCUGUUUAUUGCGAGAUGUGACGAGACUAUUCCGUACCGGCCAAACACCCUCCCGCUCUCCCACACGUCAAACAAAAGAGCAACUUGCCUGAGACGAGCGCGCAUACCGGGCUGUGUGGUUGAACCCCCCUUUGGUCGGCCCACAUCCGUUUGGCUAGCAUUCGGAUCUCUCGACAUAUCCGGUUCUUCGGGAACUACGCACCUGGUUUCGCGUCUACCGGGCUCUCUUCCCCGGGAGCCGUGCAGGCGACCUAACAAAAGCCUGGCCGCCUUUUGGCUGGGACUGUGGUUCCGCAGCAUGAUUGCAGAACAGGAUCCAAUAAGAAGUUUACAACUUGAAAACCGCUUCACCGCCCCCAUUACGCAAGCUUCACAGCUGAGUUGCCUGCUUCGCAAGUGAUGGUGAAUAUCGCCAUCACCCAACCCAUCACAGUCAAAAGUCUCUACUGGAAUAAACUACCUCGUGUUUGGAUAAGUGUGAAGUCAAGACAGCACGGGCAUUACCGAACUUACCUCAGUCGAGUCGACUGCCACAUUCUGACGGCAUGUGAAGGCAGCUAUGCCCAAGUAUGCCGAAAUAUG